CCCAACUUUUUGGCUUGUGAAGAUCUGGUUUGAUUUGAUGUUAAAUUUGUUUCUGGAAGUUUUCUACUUCUUUUAGUUUUCUUGGUUCAUCCCUCUUUAUUUUAGGGUUGAUUUCGGAUUCGUUUUCACAUCGGCGGAGAACCUACUUCACUCGAGACAUCCAUCAUUCAUACAACAAACGAGAGGAUAUCGAUGUUGAGCAAUUAACAACCGAUUGACGACUCACCUUUCAUCACACAAUACACAAUACACAAUACACAAUACACUGCACAUUACACCAUUCACGCAUAGCAUCGGCCUCCUCCGCAGCUCACUGAUUCAGCCUGAUAUCCUAUCCCCAUCUCAUCACAUCACAUCUCAUCUCGUCUCAUCUCACUCUACCCGCUCGAAAAUCCACAUCCAUAAAUACUCAACCUCACCCCAAGGUCGCAAGGGUCGGAAGCGCAUUCCACCCACCUCGAUUGAAAAUUCGUGAAAAGAUCGAUAACUUGCUGGCGGUGAACACGGCGUCGGCGAUUGGUUAUCGAGACGAAGACGGGGAAUUGCCUUUGCCGGUUACGACGCCUAAGACGCCCAAGGAGAGGGGAAUGGGGCUGGGUAUGGCGCCGAAUAAGAAAUACAAGCUAAUGAACAUGCACCCAAUAGAAGAAGCAGCGCAUGAAUGCGUGUCGGAAGAAGCACUCGUGCAUUUAAAAUCGUAUAAAUAUUCGAGUGUCGACAAGAGUUUGAUUUCGAAUUAUAUCUUGAAGCAUUAUUGGAAUGGCUUCGUCGAAUUAUUACCAUUAUGGUUGGCACCAAAUAUGGUUACAUUAUUGGGAUUCUUUUUCAUCCUGAGUAAUGUUAUCUGUUUGGAGAUUUUCAUGCCGGAUUUGGUGGGACCUGGACCGUCAUGGUUGUAUUACAGUUUCGCCUUCGGAUUAUGGAUGUAUUCAACAAUGGAUAAUGUAGAUGGAAAACAAGCUCGACGAACCGGAACAUCUAGCGGUCUCGGUGAACUAUUCGACCACGGUAUUGAUUCUCUCAAUUGCACACUUGCAUCUCUAUGCGAAACGGCUGCUAUGGGUCUAGGUACAUCCAGAGCUGGAAUCUUUACCGCAUUGAUUCCUUGUUUACCUAUGUUCUUUUCAACCUGGGAAACAUACCAUACCCAUACAUUAUACUUGGGAAUUUUCAAUGGACCAACUGAGGGUUUAAUCUUGGCUUGCACGAUUAUGAUCAUGAGUGGUUAUUAUGGACCAGAGAUUUGGACACAUCGAAUUACGGAUUUAGUUGGUCACCAUUAUUUCCUCGGAUAUCAUGAAUUUUUCGGUUCAUAUUCCGUUAGAGAUUUAUGGGUCCCAAUCCUCGUUGUCUCAUUAUUUGGUAUUCACGUUCCUUUCUGCGUUAUUAACGUGAUUAAAGCCAGAAGAAGAGAUAACUUACCUGUUUUACCGGUUUUCCUCGAAUGGACUCCUAUGGCCGUUUUUACUUUUAGCAUUGGAGCUUGGCUUUUCUCUCCAUAUUCGACACUCAUGGAAGAAAAUCGUUUGGUACUUUUCUGUCUCACAAUGAGUUUUGUCUUUGGAAGAAUGACGACAAAGAUUAUCCUAGCACAUCUCACAAGACAACCAUUUCCUUACUGGACCGUUAUGCUUACACCACUUGUUGGUGGUGCUAUUCUUGGUAAUCUACCUCGAUUUGGUUUACCAGCUGUUAGUGUAGGAGUGGAAUUGUGGUAUUUAAGAGCAUACUUUAUUUUUGCUUUGGUGGUUUACUUUAGAUGGGCUUGGUUGGUUGUUACGAGUAUUUGUGAUUACUUGGGAAUCAAUUGUUUGACAAUUCCAGAACAGAAGUUGGAGGAGAUCUAUAGAAAUCAAGAAAUGGAGAAGAGGUUAGAGAAGAGAGGAUUGGAGGUUAAUGGAAAGAGAACCCCAAGUGGAAGUGGAGCGAAGAGUCCAAUUGGAGUACCAAAUGGAAAGAGAGCUGAUUAGAGGAGUUGAGAUGUAUAGAGUACAUUCUUGGAGUGCAUGGGCUCAUGAGGGUUGGAGAAGUCAUUGGAAUGAUAGACUGGAGGUAGAUCGUGGGUAUUUCACGGGUAUAGCUAGGGACACAUAGAGAUUUGUUUCACUCGUGGGUAUGUUCGGUACGGGUAGAUAAUGGAUGGAUGGAUGGAUGGAUGAAUGGGUGAUGAUGAGUAACGAAUCGGUCUCUCGGACUUGACUUGAGGUCAAACAAAAAAAGGAAUAAGUUCAUGUAUGAAUGGGAUGCAUAUAGAUAUUUUAAUACCUAGAAUUCUAGCGAGAGGAGAGGAGAGAGCGUAUGGUAUCGAUGGAGGAAGAGAGGUUAUGUUGUUUAGCAUUGCAUGGCGUUGUGAACCCUUUGGGGUGAAGCGAAUAAUUAAGUAACUUGAUUGUAAUUCUGGUUGCAUUGCAUGUUGGUUUCUUUUUUUUUUUUUUUUAUGGGAUUGGAUUGAGCUUUAGUUGAAAAGGAUGAAUGAGUGA